CACUAACCCACUCUCUGAAAAGGUCCAUUACAUUACUCCUUCAUCACUCCUCUGUUUCGCACUCUCGAAUUCAGGCAGCCAUGUCCAAGGAAGUGAGCGAGGAACCGCAAGCCCACCACCACGGGAAGGACUACGUCGACCCACCGCCAGCACCAUUGUUGGAUUUCGCCGAGAUCAAGCUCUGGUCUUUCUACAGGGCUCUCAUAGCUGAGUUCAUCGCCACCCUCCUCUUCCUUUAUGUCACCGUCGCCACCGUGAUUGGGCACAAGAAGCAGACCGACCCGUGUGGCGGGGUUGGGCUUUUGGGCAUCGCAUGGGCUUUUGGCGGCAUGAUCUUCAUCCUUGUCUACUGCACCGCCGGUAUCUCUGGUGGGCAUAUCAAUCCAGCAGUGACUUUUGGGCUUUUCUUGGCGAGGAAAGUGUCCUUGAUUCGAGCUGUGUCAUACAUGGUGGCGCAGUGCUUGGGCGCCAUCUGCGGUGUUGGGCUGGUGAAGGCCUUCAUGAAGCACCCUUACAACAGCCUUGGCGGUGGUGCUAACUCCAUUGCCCCUGGCUACAGCACAGGGACAGCUUUGGGGGCUGAGAUUAUUGGGACAUUUGUGCUUGUCUACACCGUCUUCUCCGCCACUGACCCCAAGAGAAGCGCCCGUGACUCCCACGUCCCUGUGCUGGCUCCUCUGCCUAUUGGGUUUGCAGUGUUCAUGGUUCACUUGGCCACCAUCCCCAUCACUGGAACUGGGAUCAACCCGGCUAGGAGCUUCGGCGCAGCUGUGAUCUUCAACAACGACAAGAUCUGGGAUGACCAUUGGGUGUUCUGGGUCGGACCAUUCGUGGGAGCACUAGCAGCAGCAGCAUACCAUCAGUAUAUUCUGAGGGCGGCGGCCAUUAAAGCUUUGGGAUCUUUCCGCAGCAACCCUACCAACUAGAAGCGAGAAACCGAGAAAGCAACCCCCUAGCCAAGCAGAGAGCUCCAUUCCAUGAACAGAGCUUCUCCUGUCUUCUUCUCUCUCUCCCCCCCUCCCUUGUUAAUUAUGUUUAAAAUCCGCCAUUUGUUUUUAUCGUUGGUGUGUAUGUGAGAGAGUUAGUUUCCAUGAUUGAUGGUGAAUGAUGAUGAUGUUUGUUAUUGCUACUAUUUGGGGAUGAUGGAUGGAUGUAAUGAAAUGGGUUGGAUGGAUGGACGGACGGAUGGAUGAUGGAUCCUCUUUUCUUCUGAAACUCCCUUUCUCUACACUUCGUAUUCUGGUUAGGGUUUUACUUUCCCUUGUUUUUUUGUAUGUGAAGAAACCUAUUUACUCUGAGCUCGGUAAGUGUGGUAACGUUACAGUAGUUAGAACUUAGAAAGGACCAAGGGGAGAGAGAGACGAGGGGGGAAAAGGACAGGGAUGAGAUGAACCCGGUUACAAUUGGUUUGGGCAGAAUUGGGAAAUGUGGCAGGUCGAGGGAGUUGAGGCAUUUUAUUUUAAUAAAUGCUCUGGGCUGGGUAAAACAAUAAUUGGGCUCUCUUUCUUUUCCUGAAUGGUCAAUUCCAUUUUCCCCAUAGAGUAUCGUUGUGAGCUGGCGUGGGCCUACAGGCCUGAUGUUCACGGGGCCCAUUAAGAGGCAGCUGGGAGCAUUUUUUUUUUUUUUUGACAAUAGCUGGGAGCUUCUUGGAACGUUGUUUUUUCUCAACUUUCUAGAAUCCAGUAAUUGUAAUGUAUCCUCUGCUCGAUGAAGUUGUUAAGCCAUUUUUUUUACAAGGGUGAAAUGAUUAAUUAGAACAAGACAGAUAACACAAACAGAGACCAACUCCAUCACCCCAGGAUCGCCAGGAGUGAUCCCAACAGGUUAGAAGAGAGAGAGAUCCAAGUCCAGAAACAAAGAAGAAGAAGAGAGAAGUAGGGGUGUCAGUUCGGGUCGGGUCGGGUUCGGUUACCCGAAAAAUCGUUGGAUAGCCUUUAAAGGUUGAUUGCUUGAUGGAUUUAGUGAUGGAUUUGAAUCCAUCAUAAAUUUUGUCUAAAAUCCUUUGGUUUAUUUGAUGUAUUUAGAUUUUAGAGGUAACAAGUCUGUGGGAUCUACUGAUUUUGUGGGCACACAAACUUAAAAAUCUCAUCUCUUUCGGUGAGAAUUGAUCACCAAUCCUUUGGUUUAUGACCAAUGUAUGCUUUUUAUUUCCUUUCUUUUCCAUACAUAUGAGGGCAAUAAAUUCCAUUUAACUUC